ACAGAGGUUGCGAAGAUGGUGGCUUUGGUCUUACUGUUGUACGACUUUGUAAGGUCUUGUGUUAAUAAUUAAUAAAUUGGCCGUACGCAUCGUCCAGAUGCAGAGGCCGGGGGUCUUCCUCCUUUUCGAAAAAAAAAGAUUAUCAGCAGGUACUUCUUUUAAUUGGACAUUAUUUUCAAUUGUUCCAAGUAAACUAGCAGAUAGGAUGGAGUACCAGACUCUUUUGGUUGGUGUUGGAAUUCUAUAAAAGACAGAGUCAUGAAAACCAAGUGAACAAAACAAAAUAGGUUGCAUGACACUUAACAGUAACAUGUAGUGUUGGCUUCACACUUCGAAUUGUACGGUACGCAUUUCUUUUAAAACUCUUCAGAGGAUUGUAGAAUAUAUCGUGUGUCAUUCCUAUUUUUAUCAUUCUUUAGUCAGAUGGCGGCAUCGUGAAUAUGAGCGUACAAGAAAGGAAAUUGUAGAAUACUAGAGUUUAAAAUGUUAUUCUGACCUUUCAAACUAGAACAAAGCCUUAACAGUGUAAAGUGUAAAUGCCUUUACAUCAGACAUAUUCCUCACUAAAUAUUCAUUGUAAUCAUGGGCCACUUGAUUAUCUAGCAUGGGGCAGUACAAGCAACAUGGAUUUUAUAUAUUACAAGGAAUUCAAUACACUUUGAACAAGCUGUAACAUAUGCCCUUGUACAAGGUAGCUAUUUAGGCUACUUUGUGAAUUGCAACAGCGAUGUGUUGUUUGACUCUUCCACAACCUGCAAGGACUGGCCUACCAAUUAUUCUUUGUCCUCAGGAGCCACAAUAAAAUGCUCACAUCCAUGACAGGUCUAAAUCACCAUUUGCCUCAAGUGCGAGAGGAGGAUCCAGAGUCCAGUUGCAACAACCUCAGAAGCUAGUCCAAACUAGUGGGAGGUUGUGUGCACAAACCAGAAGGUAGACUGAAGAAUAGUAAUGGCUCGUGGUAAGGUUCAGAUGAGAAGGAUAGAAAACCCAGUGCACAGGCAGGUCACCUUCUGCAAGCGGCGAAUGGGCCUUCUGAAGAAGGCAAAGGAGUUGUCCGUUUUAUGUGAUGCUGAUAUCGGUGUCAUGGUGUUUUCUCCUCAUGGAAAGGUUUAUGAGCUAGCUACCAACGGGAACAUGCAAGGCUUAAUUGAGAGGUACAAGGGUAGCAACACAGAAGCACAUGGUGAAAGUAGCGAGCAGAACAAACCCGAGGUAAUACAGCAAGAGGUACUACUCUUAAGGCAAGAAAUUGACUUGCUUCAAAAGGGCUUAAGGUACAUGUAUGGAGAGAAUGAUAUAAACCACAUGAAUCUCAAUGAGCUGCAAGCCCUGGAGAGUAACCUUGAAAUUUGGGUACACAAUAUCCGCUAUACAAAAGUAAGCUAUAUCUCCUACUCCGCGCAAACCAAAAUCUUUUCAGAAAUGAUUAUUUUUAAUAUACUGCCCCUUUCUGCUGAGCAGAUGCAGAUCAUAUCUAGGGAGAUUGAGAUGCUCAAGACCAAGGAAGGCAUACUGAAGGCUGCCAAUGAUAUACUUCAAGAAAGGAUAAUUGAGCAGAGCGGGAUUCUGGACACCGGCAGCAACAUGAUGAUGCCACAAUUUCCCUUCCAGCGAACCAUGGAGGGUGGAUACUACUUCUAGCCUAAACAACCAACCUAUCAAGCUAUCUCGCCAGUUCGGGUUUGAGUUCAACAAGGCUACCCUUUAUGGAACUCACAUAACCUUAUGUGUGCCACUUCAUGUUGUAAAAAGGAGAAAGAAGAUCAGCAUCUGUCGAUGUACAUGCUUUUUCAUAUGUAGACUCAUCCUCUUUCAGAUUGUCAUAUGUAGACUCAUCCUCUUUCAGAUUGGACUGUUCGCAGAUUGCAUGAUGUUACCGCAGUUCACCCUCCAGCUAACCAUCGAGAGGAGUACUCGUGUAGCCCGAA